AUGGAGAAAUUGGUCGUCUUUGCUUUCCCUCUCCAUUUCCGCUGCCUCCAGAACACUCCCGCCCAAUUCCAACUCCAAUAUUCCUCCAUGUUUCUGCCACCUUUUCCCAAAGCACCCAGUCCCUGUUCUCUCGCGUACUACCCUCAAUGCACGCGGUACACCACCAGAAGCCGACCGUUUCCGCCGGUUCUCCCUCAGUUUCGACCUCCACCCGCGCUGUCAUUCAGGGAACGUCGGAGGAGAACUACAAACGCUCGCCUGGCGCGCCUCCGCCGCGACUCCGCCCGAGUCAAGGCGAUUCAGAGUAGGUUAGAUUACCGCCUCUGGAGGCGGGAGAAGCUGGAGGGAGCGGUGAUCUCCGGCACGAGCCAGGGCAGCGGCGAAUACUUCACCCGGGUGGGAGUGGGGAGGCCGCCGAUGGAGGCGUACAUGAUUGUUACCACCAAUCCGACCCGAGGCUAUCCUCCUCCUUCACGCCGCUCGCGUGAAAACACAGCAAUGCGAUCUCUCGACGUCUCCGAAUGCCGCAACGACACGUGUAUCUACGAGGUCUCCUACGGCGACGGAUCCUACACCGUCGGCGAUUUCGUCACCGAGACAGUCACCUUCGCCGGAUCUCAGUCGGUCGACAAAAUCGCAAUCGGCUGCGGCCACAACAACGAGGGGCUAUUCGCGGCGCCGCCGGUCUGA